CAUAGAUUAUACACUUUCUUUAAUUGCCUAUGGUGUGCGUGUUAAUUUAUGCCUUUCGAGGAUUUUCUAAAGCUAUAAAUGAGUGAUUGUUAAAAUCUUAAUGAAUCUAUGCAUAAAGAAGUUAAACAAUUAAGAUAAUCUAAUAGUUUCCUUAAUUCUGAACACAAUGGCUGACAGUGAUGACGAGUAUGAUCGUAAAAGACGAGAUAAGUUUAGAGGUGAAAGAGGUCCUGCUGACAACAGCAGUUACCGAAGCAGCGAUAGACGUGAAGAGCGUAGUCGUGGACGAGAAGAAUGGACAGAGAGAUCCCAACCUCAAACUCACGAACUUCCUAACAAUCCUAAAUCCAUCCCCAAACCCAUAAAACGUUCAAUACCAAUAUUAAGGGACUACCGGAGCGGUGUAACUGGUACACGUGGAUACUCACCAAUAAGAGGGGAGGGUCCACCAAAUAAAAGGAUCAGACCAGAAUGGCCUAUUGAAGAUAGAAGAUAUGGAGGUAUGCCACAUGACUCUUAUGGGUCAUAUGGUUGGGCCCAUGAUCAUUUUGGCCCACAUCCAGCUCAUCAAGGUUAUGGACAACCCAUGCCACCAGUACCAGCCAGGGAUGCAGUUAUGCCAGUUGGUUCAGCAGAGGGACCACCUACCAUGAUGACCUUCAAAGCUUUUCUUGCUGCCCAAGAUGAUUCAAUUACAGUAGAUGAUGCAAUUCUAAAGUAUAAUGAAUACAAACUAGAAUUUAGGAGACAACAAUUAAAUGAAUUUUUUGUUGCACACAAGGAUGAAGAAUGGUUUAAGAUCAAAUACCAUCCUGAAGAGUCCAUUAAACGAAAAGAAGAACAGCUAUCUGCAUUAAAGAACCGUCUGAAUGUUUUCCUUGAACUUUUGGAAACUGGAGAAUUAGAUAAAGUAUCAGUUGAUGUGGAUAAGACUGAGAAACUAAUUCGCUUGUUGGAUAUUGUGGUUAUAAAACUAGAAGGUGGUUCUGAAGAAGAUAUAAAAGAACUUGAUGAACCAGUGAAUGUUGAAAAUUCGAACGUCAAUGACAAAGCUGAUAAAAUAGUUUCUGACAAACUUAUAGUUAUUGAAGAUGAUACAGUAAAAGUCAAAGAAGAGAAAGAAGACGAUAAGCAGGAGAAGAAAACGGAAUCUCCUAAAUCAACAGCCCCUUUGACGAUGGAGAUAGACCCACAUUUACGUCAUUUACAAGAACAAGCCAAAUUGUUCUCUCGCUAUAACUCUACUGAUGAAACUGAAGAGAAACCUGCAGAGAAACCUGCAGAGAAAGAACCCCCACCGCCCGGUUCAUCAUCAAGUUCUUCGUCGUCAAGUUCAUCCUCAUCCAGUUCUGAAGACGAAGGCGAAUCUACAAGUCGUCGCAAGUCCAAGUCCAAAUCUAAAUCUAAAACUCCAGAUAAGUCACCGCAAAGAAAAGAAAGUUCCAAAUCUCCAAGUGCAGUGAAAGAUAAACCUUUGGAAAAUAAGGAAAAAAAUAAAAGCGGUGACGAAAAAGCAGAUUCUGUCAAUGAGGUUGAGAUAGUAGAAGAGAAGAAACGGACACGAGCAUUGCACAAGACAACAUCUAUUUUCUUGAGGAAUUUAGCUCCCACUAUAACUAAAGCUGAAGUUGAAGCAAUGUGUAAACGCUAUGGAGGCUUCCUGCGGGUGGCUUUAGCAGAUCCAUUACCGGAACGUCGCUGGUUCCGACGGGGCUGGGUCACUUUCCUUCGCGACGUCAACAUUAAAGAUAUCUGCUGGAACCUAAACAACAUACGGUUGCGGGAAUGUGAAUUGGGUGCCAUUGUGAACAGAGACCUGCAACGUCGUAUCCGCUCUGUUUCGGGUAUCACCUUAGAGCGGCCGGUGCUGCGAGCUGAUGCGCGUCUGGCGGCGCGCCUCGCUCAUCUCCUGGACACUCGUACCAAAUUGUGGGAUCAAGAGAUGCAAGAGGGGGACGAGGAAAAACCUCCACAGAAUGAAAACUUCAGUCUUAACUCCAAGAAUCCUGUUCUUCACAAAAUUACGGAACAUUUAAUUGAAGAAGCAUCAACAGAAGAAGAAGAGCUGCUCGGCUUGGAAGCUUCAUCAGAAAAUUCUACCGAACAACCUGAUCCGGAACUGAUUCGUGUACUAGAUCGUCUGGUGCUGUAUUUGAGGAUUGUUCAUUCGGUGGACUACUACAACCACUGCGAGUAUCCGUAUGAAGAUGAAAUGCCGAACCGUUGUGGUAUUAUGCAUGCCCGUUCAGGACCACCUGCGAAUAAGCCAAGUCAACAAGAAAUACAAGAUUACAUAAAAACAUUCGAAGGUAAAAUGGCUGCUUUCCUUCAAGAUGUGAAACCACUUCCUGAUGAGGAAUUACAGAAACUUGGAAUUAAGGAUUCUGAAGCUGAGGUUGAGAAGUUUAUUCAGUCAAAUACUCAAGAGUUGGCGAAAGACAAAUGGCUGUGUCAAUUGAGUGGAAAAAAAUUCAAAGGACCUGACUUUAUCAGAAAGCAUAUUUUUAACAAACAUGCUGAGAAGGUGGACGAAGUUCGGCGCGAGGUGGCGUACUUCAACGCGUACGUGCGCGACGUGCGGCGCCCGCAGCAGCCCGAGCCCGCCACGCGCUUGCCCGCCGCGCCGCACCACCACCAGCCGCCGCCCGCUCCGUACGGCAGCGCGGCAGGUGGCGGGGGCCGCGGCUGGGGCGGGUGGGGCGGGUGGGCGCCCCCCGCGCCCUACGCGCCGCGACACCCGCGCUUCUCGCGACCCAGGGAAAAUGUGGACCGGUCCAGGCCUAUUAUUGCUUACAACGAUCUUGACUUCCCGGACAGUGGUGACAUAUUUUAAGUGCGGAAGUAGAGCCAUGAUACAAAUACAAUCUUUAGAGCAGUCAUUGUCGUAUUAAGCAUUCCUAAACAAUGUUCAAAGUUGUGUACCUACCAUAUUUUAAAACAUUUUAAUAUUUUUGAGACUUGACAUUUUAUGAACUGUACAAAAAAGAUAUUUAAUUUCUAUACAAAUAUUUACAUAUUUAUCUUCAAUUGUUCUAUUUCAUGUUACGAUAUAUUAAUCUGAAAUGACAUUAUUUUUGUAAAAAACAAAAAAAAAUACAUGUAUGUACCAUAAUAUGAUUACUGUAAUAAUCUGUCCGAUAUCUCUAAACAGAUUGUAUUUUCAUGUUUGUUGCACAUUACAUGAACAUUAUAAAUAAACAUUUUCACAAAAAUGUAACAUGCACUAUAAAUAAAAUGUACGAAACAUUCAUGUAA